AUGAAAGUCACUCCCAAAUUUAUAAAACAUUUAAAUCUAGAAAAAAACCAUCCAACUCUUUUACAUCAAUUUUCAAUAAGUCAACUUUUACACUCAAUUGAUCCAAUUCUAGUUAAUAAAUAUAUCAAAUCAUUUAAAAUGUUAUCAAGAUUCAUUAAAUCAUCAGGUUCAGCCUCAAUUGUAUCAUCAAAAAGAUUAUUUUCAAUUUCAUCAACUAGAUUAGUUGAUGGAUCAAUUGGUAAAGAUUCAUUUUCAGAAAAAGAAAGAGCUCAAGAAAAUGUUUAUAUUAAAAAGCAAGAAGAAGCUCAAUUAAAAAAAUUAAAAGCUAAAUUACAAGAACAAAAAGAUACUAUAGAUAAAUUGGAAGAAGAAAUUAAAAAUAACAAGAAUGGUAAAAAGUAA